AAGAGAGAGAGAAAAAAAUAUUUGAAUCCUGCUCCAUAAUUUUUACAUGCUCAACACAGAUGGUUCAAAGGAGUUUUUUUUUUAAAAUUAUUGUCCCUCUAACCCAGGAUUGCUUUUCAUUGCAAUGAAAAAGCUUCCUUCAGGCCUAUGAAAUAGCUUAAAGUACAACAAACCAGGUAAGGAGUAGGAAGACUACAGGGAAAUGGAGCCAUGCGCAUAUUUUUUGAUGGGGAACUGGUCAGUGUUGAUGUCCUUAGCAAGCCUGCAUAACCACUGGAAACCAGGGAGUAUGAUGGUGCAUUACAGCCUCAUUUAGACAGUCAUUUUUUUUCUCUUGUGUUUGUUCCAGGGAAGAUGGUGGAUUUUCCAGGGUAUACUCUAUCUGGUGCACUUGCCUCCUUCUUCUUCAUACUGCUGACCAUGAAGCUGUCAGAUGACUUUAAAGUGAUUAGUCCUGCCUAUCUUAUCCUGACCAAGGUCGGGGAAGAUGCCCUACUAACCUGUCAACUCCUCCCCAAGAGGACUGCGAUGCACAUGGAGGUGAGGUGGUAUCGCUUGGAGCCCAGCACACCUGUGUUUGCAUACAAGGAUGGGGCUGAGGUGACCGAGAUGCAGAUGGAGGAGUACAGAGGCCGGGUAGAGUGGUUAAAGGAUGACAUUGCUGAGGGAAAUGUGGCUCUGAAGAUUUACAACAUCCAGCCAUCCGACCAUGGGCAAUACUGGUGCCGUUUCCAAGAGGGAACUUACUGUGCAGAAACAAGCUUGCAGCUUGAAGUAGCAGGUCUGGGAUCUAGCCCUGAAAUCCACAUGGAGGGGACUGUGGAAAGUUGAGUCCAGCUUGUGUGCACUGCAGAAGGCUGGUACCCAGAGCCCCAGGUGUAUUGGAAAAAUACCAGGGGAGAGAAGAUACUGAGUCUCUCUGAGCACUACAUCCAAGAUAAGGAUGGCCUAUUCUAUGUGGAAUCCACUCUUGUGGUCAGGGAUGCCUUUACAGAGACCAUGUCCUGUGUCAUCUACAGCCCCAUUCUCAGUGAGGAGAAGAGGUCAGCCAUCUCUAUCCCAGGCAAAUUGCAGGCCUCCACAGCCUCCUUCAGGGUGAUAGGACCUUCCCAACCCAUCCUUGUCAGAGUGGGAGAAGACACACAAUUAACCUGUUAUCUGUCCCCCAAGGCUAAUGCACAGAGCAUGGAGGUGAGGUGGGUCCGAGCCCACCGUUAUCCUGCUGUUUACUUGCAUAUGGAUGGGGAACAUGUGGCUAGAGACCAGAUGGAAGAAUAUAGAGGGAGGACAGUGUUGGUGAGUGACGCAAUUGAUGAGGGGCGACUGACUCUGCAGAUCCACAAUGUCAGGACUUCAGAUGAUGGGCAGUACUGGUGCCUUUUUGAAAAAGAUGGUGUCUACCAGGAGACCAGUUUGGAUCUGAAGGUAGCAGGUUUGGGUUCUUCUCCACUGAUCACCAUGAAGAGAUGGAAGGAUGGAGAAAUACAGCUGGAGUGCUCUUCAGAUGGGUGGUUCCCACAGCCCCACGUGCAGUGGAGGGACAUGGAAGGAAAGACAAUACCCUUAUUUUCUGAGAACAUGACUCAAGACAGCCAUGGGCUGUUCCACGUGGAGACAUCUCUAUUGGUCAGGAACAGCUCCAUUGUGAAUGUGACCUGUUCCAUCAGCAACUCCCUUCUGGGCCAAGAGAAAACAACAACUUUUUCUCUUUCAGAUUUCAGAAUGGCUUAUUCAUGGAAGAUACUGCUUAUUUUGGCAAUAUUGCUUCUUGUUGGAACCGUAAGCCUGAACAGGAGAAAAAGCUAUAAAAAAGUGAAUGUGACAUUGGAUCCAAACACAGCUCAUCCAGAACUCAUUCUUUCUGAGGGAAACAAACAUGUGACCCAUGGAUGUACCUGGCAGAAGAUUCCAGACAUCCCACAGAGAUUUGACUGCCCUGUGUGCUGGGCCAAGAAGGGUUCAGGUCAGGGAGGUAGUACUGGGAAGUAG